AUGACGCAAAUUUCCCGCCCUGACUUCUGCAAUCCGGUGUGAGGCGACAGUCAACAAACUUGUGGAUUCACUCAGAUUUAUUUUUCUACUCCGCAUAAACUGUAUAUUCUUUGGACUUUAAUCACGUAACGAUGCCUUCCACCCAGGACUGGAUUAACAAUCCUCUGGAGGUCGUUGAAGGGAUGUUUGCUGCUUCCCAGAACAACUCAAACUCUGGAUGGGAGGCGAAAGCAGUUGAGUUUUUCAAAGAGAAGCUGAAAGAGAAGGACACUCAGACCACGGUUCCUUCUCUGAACGACGUUCCUCUGCACUACCUGAAGCCCAACAGCCUGGUCAAGUUUCGCUGUUUAAUCCAGGACAUGUUUGACCCGGAGUUCUAUAUGGGAGUGUACGAGACCGUCGAUCCAACCACGAAGGCUAAAAUGCUGCGCUGUGGGAAGUACAAAGAUGUGACAGAAUGUGGGGUGGAUUUUAAUUCCAGAAACACUGUGACUGCGGAGAGACAGACUUUCUACUGCGUGCCGAUCCCCGGAGAGAACCAGUGGGUGAAGGAGAAAUAUGCCGGCACCACGCAGGCCAGGGUCGUCCCUUCCACCUCAUAUGUGCCAUGCAGGCAGAAACGAAGCUACGAGGAGGACGACGACAUGGACGACAUGGACACUCAGCCGCAGAAGCAGAGGGACGCGCAUGCUGGGCCUCAGAGCUCGACAGACCAACACAGCAACGGCGACUGUAAGCGGCAGGAGACGGAAGCUCCUUCCAGCCAGACGGCGUCGGCCUCCCACCUCGACCUCAACUUCCCCCUGCCAGGAGAGAAAGGCCCCUCCUGUUUAGUUAAAGUGUACAAGGACUGGGACAGCUUCAAGCUGAACGACACCCUGGAGGUCUACGGGAUCCUCUCCGUCAGUCCCGCUCUCAGCGCUCUGGGCGAUGAGAAAGACGCCUCUUCCAUCCUGGACCCCGGGGAGUGCAUGGAGACGGCGGAGGAGCAGAGGGUGCACAGCCCGCCCGCCUCGCUGGUUCCUCGCCUGCACAUGCUCUACGCCAAGACCCUGGCACACAACAACCCCCUGCUGCCCUGCACCAGCCUGGAGGACGGCAGUGCCUUUUUGUCGUCGACCCUGAGUGAGAUGGCGUCCGUCAGGGCGGAGCUGCUGUCGUACUUCACCCACGUCCUCCUGGGUGACGCUCUGGCGGCCGAGUACCUCAUCCUGCACCUCAUCUCCAACGUCUACACAAGACGGGACGUUCUCCCGCUGGGGAAGUUCACGCUGAACCUGAGUGGCGUUCCGACCGUCUGCUCGUACACCGAGCGUCUCUACCAGAUCAUCCAGCAGCUUGUGCCUUCUUCACACUACCUGGGAAUGAGCCUCCAAAAAAUGAACCAGCUGAGACUGGGGCCUAAGAAGGACUAUGUUGCAAACCGGCUGGUGAGCGGAGCCCUGCAGCUCGCCGCCAACACUUCCCUCUUCCUGGACGAGACCCAGCUGGAGCAGGGACAGCUGGACGGCACCGGUGUACGCAACAUUACGGCCCUGGGAAACCUGAUCUCAUGGCAGAAGGUCGACUACGACUUUAACUACCAUCAGAUGGAAUUCCCCUGCAAUAUUAACGUGCUGAUCGCGUCAGAGGCCCGCUCGCUGCUGCCGUCCGACUGUCAGCUCCAUCUGGAGCCUCAGGUGGCUCCGUCCCAGGUGGAGGAAUACCUGGGCGGCAUCCACGUGCACCUGCAGUCCUCGUCGCAGCUGAACAAGUUCAGGGUGUACCUGUCCGUGGCGCGGCUGCUGGACUACAGCAUCUCGGAUGAAAUCACCAAGUCGGUGGAGGAGGACUUCGUAGACAUGAGGAAAGACGACCCGCAGAGCGUUUCUGCCGAGGAUCUGCACAGGAUGCUGGUGGUGGCCAGGCUGCUGUGUCUGAGCCUGGGACAGACGUCUCUGUCCAGAGACGGCUGGAUGAGAGCCAAACACGCCGAGAUGCUGCGGCGGAGUCGGAUGGAGCAGCACAAGAACGUCAACGGCAACGAGCCAUGAUUAUAGAGGUGGCUUUUUGUCUCUUUUUUUGAUACCAUAACAGUUUGUAAUGACAAUUUCCAUGUGCCAUUUAGUUUGGGUUUUUUUUGUACCAAGUUGAAUAUAAAGUUUAGGUAACUAAUGUCUUUAAUAAACUAAAUGUAUUAAUGGGAUGCGGGUUGCAUGGACAAUGACAUCUGAAUUUUUUUGCUUUAAAUUCGAAGUUUACUGUGCACUUCACGCCAGCAAGUUAUGUAUUUCUGCAGACAACUUUCUGUUUACAAAAUCUAUUUUUAAAUUUUAAAAGUCUGUAAAUAACGUAUGGUGCAUUUUCUUCUUGAAUGGUCAGUUUGUUACUUGCCAGCCUAAAUGAAACCAUGCACAUGCUGGCAUUAAGAUUCCUGUUCAUGGAUUUGACAAUAAAAAUUGUACAACGAA